AGGCAAUUUUUGUUGCGGAUGAACACUAAAUGAUUUUUUGUGUUUUGCUAUUCGAAAAUUUAUUUGGUAUUCAUCUGUUUCUUCCCAUACGAAUAACAGUUAAAAAAUCAUUUUAUUAAUAUCAUAGACAAUGGGUGUUUUCGAGAAAAAUGUCAACUGAUGUCAACUUUUACCAUUACUAUUUUCAUCUGGAGUAUGAGUUUCCGGUGCGAGUGUUCGUUCUUUUAGUGGGCAAACUCGGGGGGUAAACAUGACGAAACUACGCUUGCAAAAGCGUCUGGUAAAGGCAGUCUUGAAAUGUGGAAAGAAGAGAGUGUGGUUUGAUCCCACAGAAACUAAUGAUAUUGCCAAUGCCAACUCCCGGCAGAACAUCCGUAAGCUAGUGAAGGAUGGUUUGGUGGUGAAGAGGCCUAUCGCCGUCCACUCCCGCUCCCGGGUGCGCCGCUACCAGGAGGCCAAGGCCAAGGGGCGCCACAGCGGCUAUGGCAAGAGGAAGGGUACCGCCAAUGCCCGCAUGCCCCAGAAGGUUCUGUGGAUGAGGCGCAUGCGUGUGCUCCGUCGCAUGCUCAAGAGGUAUCGUGAGAGCAAGAAGAUCGACAGCCACAUGUACCAUGAGCUCUACCAGAAGGCCAAGGGUAACGUGUUCAAGAACAAGCGCACCCUGAUGGAGUACAUCCACAAGAAGAAGGCCGAGGUGUCGCGCGCCAAGAUGCUCCAGGACCAGGCGGACGCCAAGCGUAUCCGCGUCAAGGAGGCACGCAAGCGGCGCGAGGAGCGCAAGGCCCAGAAGAAGGUGGAGGUGAUUCAGGAGGAGGAGAAGGAGGCAGCGCCCGCGUCGGCACCCGCCAAGAAGUGAAGUGUCGUCUCGCGUUGCCCCUAAUAUUACAAUACAUACACACCACCCGAACGGGA